UUGUUUACGCGUAGUUGCAGCGAUUCGAUGGAGAAUUCACAUCUUAACAGGGCGCACAUGUACGGCAGAAGGGCAGAAAACUGUGCAAAAAAUCGUCGCUUCGACGAAGCUAUGGAGUGUCACCGGCAGGCCGUUUUUCACUUCAACGAAACGCUCAAACAGCAAACAAACGCGAUGGUGCAAGAAUCGCUUCAGCUGCAGCGCAAGUACCAUCUGAAACAGGUAGACUUGCUGCAGGUAAAGAAGCAACAGUAUGAUCGAUACCUGCGAGCCCUCGAAUACCAGCGACGCAAGAAUCCCGAGUUCCUGGCGCAGCAGAUCGAAAAAAUGGACAAGUACAACGAGCUGCAGGUGGCGAUCUAUCACAACCUCGACGAUACCGAUGGGCUGCUGGAAACGUUAAGCCGGAAUAUCGCGAUGCCAGCCAACCAAGCUGCCGGGACAACGGACGGUGGAUCGAAAGCAGUACGAGAGCUUAUCACGCUGAACCAUUCGCUGCACAUCUUGAUCCAGCGGAUGUCACAAAAUGUGGACGAGUACGCCACCGAAAACGAGGAACUGCGUGAGAAGCUGCGCUACUUCGAAAAGGAAAAGGAAAGCGCGACCACGGAGGACCGUAAAGGCAACACAGAUCCUGCUAGCAAUGCGAACGAAGGAGGCCUGAGCACACAAAAACACACCGUAGACCUGAUGGACGAUAAUCUGUCGACACUGGCGCCGUUGGAAAUGCCCGUAUUUGAUCUGUCGGAGCUGGACAAUCAUUGA